UUUCCCUAAACUCUGAGUCUGAUACUUGAGACUCCUUCUCUCUGUCAUUCUGACAAGAACACAAAGACAAGAUGUCCAAACCAGGCGGAUACAGCAGCCAGUCCGACACUCCCUCGGGUAACAAGCCCAAAAGCUACCCGAACGCCGCCACUAACAAGGACCUUCUAGAGCCCAACAACCCCAAGGUGGACCCGAAGGACCAGUCAGCCAAGAGCCAGGAGAAGGACCAGAUGGUUGGACUCAAUGACAAGUUUAUAGCGUUCAUUGACAAGGUGCAAAACCUGGAGCAGCAGAACAAGGUCCUGGACACGCGUCUGAAGAUCCUGAAGGAGAAGGAGGACUACCAAGGCAACGUGGAUGCUGUGGUCCAACAGCUGGCCAACGAGUUGCAGCAGCAGAUCCAGAAACUGGUCCGGGACAAACAGAAACUGAAGCAGGAGCUGGCCCACUGCCAGGACGAAGUGGACCAGACACGCAACAAGUACCAGGAUGAGAUCCAGAAGAAGUCGGAUCUGGAGAAUGACUUUGUGAUCAACAAGAAGGAUGUGGAUGAGGGCCACCUGGCAGCCGUGGAUCUGGCUCUGGAACUGGAGGACCUGAUGGGAGAACUGGACUUCCUGAGGCGGGGCUAUGAGGAGGAGCUGAAGGAGCUGGAUCCAGAAUGAGACGGUGGUCGUGAAUGAGAGCAACAAGAGAUCUCUAGACAUGGACGAGAUCAUCGACAGCGUCAAGAAACAGUACGCGGACAUGGCCUCCCGUGCCAGAGAGGAGGCAGAGCUGUGGAACCAGAAAAAGAUGGAUGACAUAGUGCUGACAGCAGAGCAGUAUGAGCAGGAUGUACGUAAUGUGAAGAAGGAGAUUGCUGAUAUGCUUCGUCUAAUACAGAGACUGAAGGCCGAGCUGGAGACCCUCAAGAAGCAGGUGAAACGCUCUUGCACACACACACACACACACACACACACACACACACACACACACACACACACACACACACACACACACACACACACACACACACACACACACACACACACACUGUUUCCUAUAUUUCUAUAUCCUUCUCCACUUCUGUUAUCCCUCUGACCCUCUCC